UGACAACCAACAGAUAAAAUUAAUAAAACCGUCGAUGUUUCCACUAAACUUUUAACAUUGCGACAUUGGCAUUACGUUUUUGAAAGAACGUAUGCCAAAAAAAUGCCAAAAUCCGCCUCAAAAUUAACCUAACCAACCUUUCUCGGAAUCGAACUUAAAUCACCAGUACGAAAUGCCAUGAAUUGCCUAUACAGACGACCGCCUUGCUCGCCGCAAGUCCCUUGCGUCCCGCGACCCCCGUGCCCGCCGCGACCCCUUCCAGCGAGCACCUGCCCCCCCGUCCGCUACCCAUGCAGGCCCAAGACCCGCAUGGUGCGGCGCUGCCCCAGCGCCGAGUACCCGCCCUGUCCCAGGCCGCGCCUCACCUCCAGGGGCUGCUCGCCGUGCCGGGCGCCGUGCCCGUCGCGCAGCAAAGCCGACGUCUCCAUCAACACCUGCGUACCCUCCUACGAGGCGGACACCUUCAGCAGCGUCAUGAAGAAAGUGGACCGGUUCUCAUGCGGCAACCCCGAGUGCCCGGCGUUCCCGGUGUGCCGGCACGCCAAGUGCUGCCCGGCCUGCGAGGCGACGCCGAAGAGCCCGUGCUACUAUCCGCCGACGCUGCCGGAGCCCAGUUCGACGCCGUACUUGCGGUUCUCGAGCUCCAGCUGCGGCGUGCCGGUGAAGCGGCCCUGCGGCGCGCCGUGCAGACGCAAGUAUCAAAUACUGUCUACUAAUUGCGACGCGAAACCGCCGACGCUGCCGUGUUGCUAUAAACUCCCCAAGGUCUGCAGCAGGGGUUGUAGAUUGUGCAAGAGAUGCAAACGGUGCAUGCCGCCCUCCUGCGAUCCCUGCUGUAAGCUGUGUCCGAGAUGCGCGGAGGCGAAGAAGCCGCCGCCUAAACCCUGCGAUAAUUCGUUGUGUGCUAAAUGCGCUGGUUGUCCUCCGGCUUGUAAAUCCUGCGGAGACCCGUGCCCUAAGUUAUGCCCGGGUUGCGCGGCGGCGAAGAAACGCGAAUGCAAACCGCGCGAGAGUUCGUUGUGCAGCAAAUGCUCGGCGCCGCCGCCCGUUUGUAAAUCCUGCGGAGACCCGUGCCCUAAGGGAUGCCCGGCGUGCGCGGCGGCGAAGAAACCGGCGGGCAAACCGCGCGGGAGUUCGUUGUGUUGCAAAUGCGCGGCGUCCGCGUCGUGUCCGAAGUUGUGCGCGAUGUGCGCUUCGUGCAAACCGUGUCCGUGCAAGAAGCCCCCGAAGCCCUGCUCGAUACCGGAUUGUCCGUCGUCGCAGGAAUGCGCCUCGGAGCCGUGCGUCGUGCAGAAGAUCUACAAGACGGUUUUCCCGCCGGGCGGGGUCACCAACUACCAGCAGAUCAACAUCAAGGUGAACCAGCCGCCGAAGGGGGCGCCGGAAACGAGGCCGUUGGAGUUGCCCUAUCGCGACGCGCAGUCGCUGCACAAGUGCGGCGGUUGCGGGAAGCUGAAGUUGAAGAGGAACCCGUGCAAGAGGCAGGGCAGGUGUGGCUCGGGUUCGGCGGACGUUUUCGGGCCGGAUCCCAUUUUCCGAAUACCGGCGGUUCAGACCUUCACCAAGGAGAGGAAGGGCGCUAAAGUUAAGAGAUGUCUCGUUUGUUAAGUCUAGCGCGUAAUGGAAUGGAAGUUGUUUUUGUAAUGAACCACGUAGUGGAAAUAAACGAAGAGUUAACUAUGA